UCGAACUUGUCUCUGAUGUCUAUCCAUUCCACAGAGGGAAAAGGAUUCAGCUUUAGGCGCUUACUAAAGGGGGGCCUCAGAGCUGAAUUUGCUGCGUGCCGGAAUCUGGUUUGGGACGUUGAGCAUUUUGGUGGAUGAUGGGCGAAAGAGGAGGUCCUUACUGCUCUAAGAAUUCUAAGAAGACUGACGAUUACUGCGCUGAUGAAUCAGGUAGACUAUUAAGCACGUCAAGAGCUGGCUGCAUUCUCGGUGGCUUUGAUAUAAGAGCUCUCAUAAUUCUCAUUAUCCUCAUUCCAACCUGCAUUUUUGGCAUAUAUGCGCAUGGACAGAAGGUUUCAUACUUGUUGCGACCAUUAUGGGAAUCAGCACCCAAACCUUUCCAUGAUAUCCCACACUAUUAUCACGAGAAUGCGUCCAUGUCUCACCUCUGCAGACUUCACUGUUGGGGCAUCCGCGAGUACCCUAGGCGUGUAUAUGAUGCUGUGUUGUUCAAUAAUGAGAUAGACAUCCUUACAAUGCGAUGGAAAGAACUGUAUCCUUACGUAACUAAAUUUGUUCUCCUAGAGUCAAAUUCAACGUUUUCUGGAAUUAUCAAGCCUUUGUAUUUUGCAAGAAAUCUGGAUCAGUUCGACUUUGUUGAACCCCGGUUGGUUUAUGGGAGGGUUGGAAGAACAUCCAAGAAAGGAGAAAACCCAUUUGUGGAAGAGGCAUAUCAGCGAAGAGUAUUGGACUUUCUCCUCCAAGAAAAAGCUGGUAUUACCGACGAUGACUUGUUGAUAAUGUCUGAUGUUGAUGAGAUUCCAAGCAGACACACUAUCAAUCUCCUGAGGUGGUGUGAUGAUAUUCCUCAAGUUCUUCAUCUUCGGCUGAAGAACUAUCUUUAUUCCUUCGAGUUUCUUGUGGACAACAACAGUUGGAGGGCCUCAGUACACAGGUAUCAAGAGAAUGUGACCAAAUAUGCUCACUUUCGCCAGACAGAUGAUAUCCUGGCAGAUGCAGGGUGGCAUUGCAGCUUUUGUUUUCGCAGAAUCAGUGAGUUCAUAUUUAAGAUGAAGGCAUACAGUCACAAUGAUCGUAUCAGAUUUAACAAGUAUCUAAACCCUAAAAGAGUUCAGGAUGUAAUCUGCAAGGGAGCCGAUUUGUUUGACAUGCUUCCAGAAGAGUACACAUUCAAGGAAAUCAUUGGCAAAAUGGGCCCUAUUCCUCAUUCCUACUCAGCUGUUCAUCUCCCAGCAUAUCUAUUGGAGAAUGCAGACAAGCAUAAAUUCCUGUUGCCUGGGAAUUGCGAAAGGCAAAGCUAG